AUGCGGGAGUGCGCCAAAUCUAAGACGCGACCCGCGUUCCCCGCUGAGGUGGGACGAGGCUCUGCCGCCUGCGUCAGCCCCCAGGCCGAAAGCCCGUCCUCCCACCAGCUCCUUUGUGCCGGGCUCUGUGCUUUACGCCCUGAUUUUGGGGCGAAUGGGCCCCAGGCGUACUGCCGCAGAGAAAAGCUGGACUAUGUGGAGGAACAUCAGAGCCUGUUCACCAGCUCGGAGACACUGGGCAUCGAGGUCUUUGCCAUCCCCGAGGCCGGGCUCUUCGUGGCCGCCGCCAACCGCAAAACCACGUCCGCCAUCUACAAGUGGACGGAUGGGAAGUUCGCCUCGUACCAGAACAUCCGCACACACCAAGCGCAGUCCUGGAGACAUUUCACCAUCGGGAAAAAGUGGCUAAUUUUGAANGUGUCUGAAGGAUCCUUUUCCCUCACCAUGGACUGUGGCCUCCCGGUGGACAUAAUGGCUGAUGUGCCCUUCCCGGCCACCCUAUCGGUGCGAGGAGCCCGGUUCUUCAUCGGCAGCCGCAAGAGGACCAAAGGCCUGUUCACGGGCCUGGUGAGGCAGCUGGUUCUGCUGCCUGGGUCGGACGCCACCCCAAGGCUCUGUCCCUGCAGGAGUGCCGAGCUGGCUGUGCUGUCCAUCCCUCCUGUCCUGCAGGGUCUCCCGGGGAAGCCAGAAGAUAAUGAGGUGCUAAAAUAUCCCUAUGAAACCGACAUGAAGGUGACGCUGGGCUCCCGGCCUCCAUGCACCAAAGUGGAGGAGGCCCAGUUCUGGUUUGACGCCAGCCGGAAGGGGCUGUUCCUGUGUGUGGGCAGCGAGUGGGUCUCCGUGUUAGCAGCCAGAGAAAAGCUGGACUAUGUGGAGGAACAUCAGAGCCUGUUCACCAGCUCAGAGACACUGGGCAUCGAGGUCUUUGCCAUCCCCGAGGCCGGGCUCUUCGUGGCCGCCGCCAACCGCAAAACCACGUCCGCCAUCUACAAGUGGACGGAUGGGAAGUUCGCCUCGUACCAGAACAUCCGCACACACCAAGCACAGUCCUGGAGACAUUUCACCAUCGGGAAAAAGGUCUUCCUGGCAGUGGCUAAUUUUGAGCCGAAUGAGAAGGGUCAGGAGUUCUCUGUCAUUUACAAGUGGAACCAGAGGAAGCUGAGGUUCACGCCGGACGAGGCCGGCUGCGCUCUGGAGAACAGUUCUGCGCCUUCCUCCGCCAUCCAGGGUUGCACCGUGCACGCCCUGUGGCUGGAGGCCGACACGCCGCACGCCGCCCUCCUCAGAGCACUCACGGUGCGGUCGGGGCACCACAUCCGGCGGCCGCGCGGCGGGCGGCUCCCUCGGGAAGGGACGAGAGGACAAGCUGCAGAGGGCGAGGGCCUCCGCACGUGA